AUUUCCGUUUCCGGUCCGGUCCAGCGCGCGAUAUACAAAACACAGCGAGGGAAAGCGGGCAAGUGAAGCGCCAACGUCGGACUCGCUUUGCUAGCAUAUUUGACUACAUAUUGCCUUCCACCGGCAUAUUUAUACCCUAAACUCUGCAUUGUCCUUUAAGGCUCGGCUUGAGGAAAUGAUGACCACACGAAAGAGAAAUUUGCCCUCAGUGAACGGUCCCUCGGCCCAGAUGAGCGUGAGAGAGGAGACUUCCCCUGUAAAGAGGAGCUCUCCCAGGAAGAAGUCAGAUGGUUGUUUGGACAAGGAAAACCACCCAUCGCCACAGAGAUCCCCUCGUAGAGCUGCAGGUGUCAACAAGCUGGUGGAAGUUAAGGAGGCAAUCAACAGUUUGGAUGACUACCCAUGCUCCUCCGGCUCUCCGUUCAAACACGCGAUGGUUACCAGCUCCUUCUAUGGCGCCAAGAAGACCGUCUAUCUUACGCCGCUAGAGCGAAAAGCUGUGAAGGAAUCUUUGCCUUCUCCUCCGUUUGCUCCGUCACCUCCAGCUCAAGUCAAGAAGCCGGUUAAGAAGAACACCAAAAAGGCAGCGAAAGAGCGUGGCAAGAGCUAUACCACCAUCACCAAGACCAUCAAGCUGAACUGCAGCAGUUCUGCAUUCAGAAAAGCCGAUGCUAAAUCACCAUCCACCGCCGUCAGCAAGCCAGCAGAGCCCAAGAAGGCCAUUACCCUCGCAUUCAGCAGCCUCAAGCCCAAACCUAAGAUCUUUGUGGGAGCAGCUUUUUUCAGCACAGGCAAGAAGCCCACAUCCAUGUACAAGAAGUCUGCCACAAAGUCCUCCGCCAAGCCGGCUGCCGUCCGAAGCCAAGGUGGGAAGUCUGGGAAGUUGGUGACUCGACAGCCCAACCAGACGCAGAAACAUCCAGCAGAGACUUCUAUUAAGCCCAUAGAAAAGGAGGCGGCGCUACCGAGAACUAGGUUUGAACCAACGGACUGGUUUGACACCAUGAACGACCUGCCUGGGACCCCACUGAGUUCUCCUAAAGUUGUGGCGCAGAACUAUGAGAUCACAAAGGAGCUGAAAAUUGUGCUAUUGAAGACUCCAACACCACCAAGUCGGACUUCCAGAGACUUGUUCUUCAGUCCUCAGGAUGAUUCUUUGACAGAGCCUCUAGUUGAUUUUGGUGAUGAAAGUCCCAGUAAUGCUGCCUCCACAUCGCCCAAAGAAUGCACUGCUGCUGUGUAUCCUAUCUUCGGCUCUGCUUCCAAAAGAUCAAAGAACAAACGAGCGCCACUGUCCUUCAGCACCUCGGCUGGCCCGGCAGCAUCUCUGCAGGCUACUGCUGCAAAGGAUCGACCUCGCAGGAGAAAGGAGAAGCAGGAUGAUGACCAGCUCGUGAUCGAUGCAGGUCAGAAGCAGUUUGGCGCCAUCACCUGCAGCUCGUGUGGAAUGGUGUACAGCGCGGACAACCCAGAGGACAGCUUCCAACACGACCAGUUCCACCAGUACCUCCUGGACUCCAUCAAAUACGUGGGGUGGAAGAAGGAGAGGGUGUUGGCAGAAUUCUGGGAUGGGAAGAUUCUUAUGGUCAUGCCAGAUGAUCCCAAAUAUGCCAUCAAAAAGGCUGAGGAUGUGCGUCGCAUUGCGGACAACGAGCUGGGUUUCCAGCAGGUAACGCUAAGCAGACCUUCGCAGGCCAAGACCUACUUGUUCAUCAACACUGAGCGGACGAUUGUGGGCUGCCUCAUUGCUGAACCCAUUCGACAGGCCUUCAGAGUCCUGGAGCAGUCAGAGCAGUACUUAGACAUGACCAAGGACGACUUUAUGGACCGACACCGGGUGUGGUGCUGCUCCACCAUCCCGGAGAAGGCACUGUGCGGGGUCAGUCGCAUCUGGGUGUUCAACUUGGCAAGGAGACAAGGCAUCGCUCGCCGCAUGCUGGACACAGUCAGGAACACCUUCGUGUAUGGCAGCCACCUUACAAAAGAGGAAAUCGCCUUUUCUGACCCGACGCUGGAUGGCAAACAGUUUGCGUCAGCGUACUGUGGAACGUCUGCUUUCCUCGUUUACAACUUCAUUGCAUGACAUGAUUACAUGACCAAGAAGUUAGCUGAUCUAUGCAAUCGUUCAAGACUUCAGUUUUUUUGUUAGAGCAAGCAUGUCUGAUUAGGUUGGUCUACCUUGCAGUUAAGUCAGUAUUUCUGUUAAAUGCAGUUUGUAUAUUUGCAAUGGCUUCAUUAUAGAUGUUUAUUAUAGAUAUGUAAACAUGUUUUGAUUCAUUGAGUGUUUUUUUUAAGCUCGUCUUACCUUUUCAUAGUUGUUUUUCUGUCUCUUUUUAAGGAAAAGAAAAUAACUGUUUGAGAGUGUUCUGUUGUAAAAAGAUUUAAUAAAA